UUCUCCCCCAAAUCGGCCUCACGCGCUCUCUCCGCCGCCACACUCACGCGCUCUCUCCGCCGCCGAGCUUUCGAGCUCUCUCCGUCCAUCGGCCAGCGAGGCCGCCGCCUCCUCUCCCAGUGGUCCUCAUCGGCCGGCGAGGCCGCCGCCGCCUCUCCAGGUCGUCCUCCAGUCCCUCCCUCCAUCGCCACCGCUCAAUCGAUCUCCGCCGGCAGUUGCUCUCUCCGGCCGACGGUGAUACCUGAGCGUCCGGUGAGGCUCCUUCGUCCACACACUCUGCCGCGGCAGGCCCCUUUCGUCCGAGACGAAGCUCCCCAAGCCGUUUUCUCGAGAUCUCCUAGUGGGGACGCAACAACCUAGUGCAGAAACGCCCGGAAAAAUGGCAAGCGGAAGAGGAAAGAGUAAAGAUGUGAUGGUCACUGAUGAACAGCUAGCACAAGUUGAGUAUGAACUAGCUAGAAACAGGAUGGUUGCAGAAAAUGAGGAAAGGAUGGCACGCCUAGGAUUACGCCGAACAAGUGCUGAACUUAAAGAUGUCUGCGAAGCAAGCCGACCCCCAAAACAGAGAAAACGAAAGGCACCCUCCUCAGCACUUGAAAAUACAACUGAAAGACGUGUUUUGAGGUCCAGGGGAACAAAUGAAAGUGAUAAUGCAAAUCCUACAGACCAACCUUCCAAAGAGAUCACUACCAAGCUUGUUGAUGGUGACAAAGGUGGGCGAACGAUAACUAAAAAGGCUAACAUAUAUGCAAGGAUGAAUAAGCCAAAAAUCAAAAUUCCAUUCAAUGUGUAUGGCCAGCCAAUUGGGCCAGAUGCAACUGAAUUUGCCAAUUUCAUUGGCACUCUGGUCAGGAAGCAUAUACCACCCAAAACUAUAGAUUGGAGAGAUGUUGAUGAAGAAAAGAAGUUGCUAGUGUGGGAUCACUUACAGGCAUUUUAUGAGCUGGACUCAACUGCUCUGAAAUAUGUCAUUAACACUUCACAGAGAAAAUGGAAGGAAUGGAAGGCAGAUUUAAAGAAGACAAAGUUUGAUCCUGAAUUGACUGAUGAAGAGCUUAUGCCUAGAUGUGAUGACAGAAUUAGUGAAGCUGAUUGGAAGGACCUUCUUAAAUAUUGGAGAUCUCCUGAAUUCGAAGUUCGCAGUUCUACAGCCAAAGAGAAUCGCGCCAAGUCAACUGUGCCUCAUACAGCUGGCAGCAAGAGUCAUGCCCGUGUUACCCAAGAAAUGGCUGAUGAACUUGGAUAUGCUCCUCGGAGAGAUGAAGUGUAUAUCAGAACACAUACGCUCAAGAAAGGACCUCAAAAAGGACAACACGUGCAACAGGCAGCUCCAAUUAUUAAUAAACUCCUCCAGGCAGUUGAUGAACACCCUGACUGGAAGGAAAAAAGUUUGAAAGAAGGUGAUCUGUUUGCACGAGCUGUUGGAAUGAAAGAGCCAAGGGGUCGUAUCCGUGUAUUAGGUCUAGGGCCGACACCUCAAGAUGUGGGCACACCGGAUACACGGGGUAAAGUGAGUACAAGGGUUCUAGUUGAAAUGGUAGCUCGUCGAGAAGCUGAACACCGGAUGAACACUUUGGAGGACCAGAUGCAACAAAUGCGGGAACAAAUGCAUAAGAUGCAACAAAUGUUAGCUUCACCAGGAGGGCGUAAUUUGGAGACUCCCAGCUCGCAAGAUGGUUCUAAUUCUCGACAAAACUCAAGAAUUGAACUUGGGGAAGAUAAUGACAUGGAAGAUGAUGAAGAGGACGAGGAAGAUGACUAUCUUCAGAGAAGAGGUGUUGCAAAUCUAAAAGACUCUUUAACACACCAAGAUGAAAGCCUUAUAGGGAUGGAUGUGCUUCUAUACUCUUGGACUGGUCCUGAAUCUCCUGUUGCUAAGGCAACAGUUCUCUCAGUUGAUCCAGACACACUUGUGGGUGGGGAGCCCCUUGGGCCUGCGACUUAUGAGGUAAUUGUGAAUGUUGCGAUUAAAAGGGGUGCUACGCUGCCAUAUCAGUAUGAUGAUUUAAGAUACAUCGGUGAUGCUGUCACAAGGUCCAUUGCAUGGCCAUCUAGCAAGAUGAAGCCCUACAAACCAGCAGCGUCUGGCUCAUCUCGUCGCUGAGGUAUUUCGGUUGAAAAUCAGUUUUGAGGAGAGAAACUGAAGAUGAUAUGUCCCAUUCAAAUAUGAAUUAUCAUGCAAAAUGGUUGCCGCAAACCACCAAGUAGCUGGAUGUUUCCCAUCAACAAGAUGAGUUGUGUAAUGGAGUAAAUUUGGUCUCAUAGGCUACCUUUCUGUUAUCAUUUUGUAAGACUGGUUAUAUGGUAAUCAUUUGGCUUCCAUUUUGUAAACCUGGUUAUGCGGCGACAAGCUCUUAUUUUGUAAACUUGAUUAUGCUAUAAUGAGUUGAGAACAUAUGAACAAUCAUUGUUGUAUGAACUUAAUGCAUAUCAUUAUUGAUGGUUGUUCUUUACCUCCCCAUGGCAUUUUUUAG